GCCGCCAGACUUCCUGCGCGCCCGCCCUCCCUCUCAGCGGGCGCCGGGGGGCUGCAGGGAGCCGCGGGGCCGGCCGUCGCCUUCCAGUUGGGCACGGCGAGGCGAGGCGAGGCGAGGCGAGGCGAGCUGAAAACAGUGGAAGAGUCGCUGAGGCUGCUGGAGUAGUGUAUUUGGGAAUCUGUGUAAGGCAAGGUGGCUCUGUACUUCUCAGGUGCUCUUCUUAGGAUGGCACAGCAGGAGAACAGUCUGUGCAAGAUGAGUGCAAAAAGAAAAAAAAGUGGAUUUCAGUUUACAAGAGAUCCAUCUAUUACAAGCAGUGCUCAAGAUUAUGAGUGGAGUCUGAGGAUUCAUUGAGCUAGGUUUCCACACUGUUGUGGUUCUUUGGAUUUGUGGUUUUUUUUUUUUUUUUUCUUCUUGAAAUGGUAGGGCUAGGAAACAGCUGCCGAGGGAUGAAGUCCCCACCUCUCCUCGUGGCUGCGCUGGUGGCAUGCAUCAUUGUUUUGGGCUUCAAUUACUGGAUUGCGAGUUCUCGCAGCGUGGAUCUGCAGGGUCGGAUCAUGGAUCUGGAAGGCAAAGUCCGCAGGGCGGCAGUGGAGAGGGGUGCUGUGGAGCUCAAAAAGAAUGAAUUCCAAGGGGAGCUGGAGAAGCAGCGGCAGCAGAUUGACAAAAUCCAGUCCUUGCACAGCUUUCAGAUGGAAAAUGCCAACAGAGUACAUCAGGAAGAGAAGGCAGUGUUGAUGAAUAACAUCACAGUAAAUGAACGACUGAUCCAGACUCUCCGAGAGCACUUGAAAGAGUUACAAACAGAAUAUGGAAAGCUACAGCUGGAUAUUUACUGGUUUCAAAAGAACCAGACUAACCUUCAGAGGAAGUUCUCAUAUGACCUGUCACAGUGCAUCAACCAGAUGAAAGAAUUAAAAGAACAAUGUGAAGAAAGGUUAGAUGAGCUUACAAAAAAGGGAAGUGAUGUACCACAAAUCAAAGAAAACAAAGACAGCUCUGAAGAUUCAAAAAAAAACGGCCAGGUCAAUAUUCAACUGCCAGCUGUGAAGCAAACAGAUUUCAAGCAGGCUAACUUGGAACAGCAGAAACCCAAUGAAGAUGCACCCAAAGCAACACCUGCAGUAAAAAAGACAGACCCGCUGCAGGCUAAAGAAAGAAUAAAUGGUGUAGCUGACAUCAGGAAACAGGAGCCUAAGGAAGAAGAGAAGCUUUCUAGUCAGCUGAAAAACUCAGAGGAUUCACUCAAGACUGCUGCAGGUCAUAAGGAGAUGCUGCCUGCAUCAGAGAAGGAGCUGAAUCUGUCUGAAGAUGAAAAACAUGUGGCUGGGCAAGAUGCUUUGCAGCCAGCAGCAGAUCAGGCUGCCAGUGAAGAAAUUGAGAGGGAGCAGCUCCUAAAUUAUGAUGCUAAGCAAGAUGACUCACCCCCUGGAAAGGCCGACAAACAGGAACAUGAAGCACUGAACCAGGACAAGGAUGUUGAUUACAAUUUAGAUGAGAAUGAAGCUGAAUCAGAAACAGACAAGCAAGCAGCACUUGCAGGGAUUGAAAAUGUUCAAAACACUGAAGAUACAAAGAACCACUUCUCUGAGCAUGGUGAAGAACAGAGGUUGUGAACAAAGGAGAUUCAUGAUGAAGCUUAGUCACCUCUCCAUAUAAAUGCAGCAGUGAUAAGAUCAAAGUGACCUGAGCAUGUUUUGAUUAUCUUUUGAAGGCUUCAAUAAGGGCCCAAAUGUAGUAGUAUUUUCUUGUGAAGUUUUAAUACUGUUUCAGUGGUGAAAAAAUAAUCUUAAAUCUCUGGAGGCUUCUUUUAAAGCAGCUCAACCUCUGCAAUGACUCCUUCCUACUGAUUAUAAAAUUGCAACCAGCUAGCAAUAAGUGUAGUUAUUUUAAAGUCAGCUAACUUGUUCUGUCAUACUGCAAUAACAGUAUGUGUGGAUUGGUGGUAGGUGAGAGAGAGUCCUCUGCCAAGGAUGGAUCUCUCCCCUGCCCAAUGCAGUAGAGAAAUUGUAGUUUUAAGAGGAGCUCACCUUGACAAAACACGGAAGGAUGAAAAAUGGCUCAUGCUUCAGUCUACCCUUGUGCUGAUUCUGGCAUCUUUUUACUGCAAUGUAGACAGACUCAGAAAGCAUGAUUGUAGUCCUCAGAUACUAUGUAAUGAUGCAUUUUCCUGGACCUCCUAAAUGAAACUGCUAGCUUACACUAUCUGUAACCAGGCUGAAACAGUCCUGGUUGUGUUCUUAGCUUUUAGGUUAAAAAAAAGAAAAGUUGACAAUCGUGUCUUAAGAGAUUAGCCAGAAAGACUCUUCUGAAACCUCUGUUGGACUGCUGUUCAGAAGAUCAGUACUACAUUAUGGUUCAGUUACCACUAAUGUGCACAAGUUCAGAGUGUAAAAAUUGAAACUGCUGAACUUUUCACAACAGAAGCCAUCUGAAAUGGUGUGCUACGUCUACCCUUUACUCCACCCAGCCGUUAUUUUCUGCUGAAAAGUAGAAAGGCAGAUGCUUGCCGUGUAGAACAGCCAUCUUCGCUGCUGGACUUCUGAAGAAGGUAAAUCGGACUAUGUAUUUACGAGACAUCUCAGUGCCUCACACAGGUGAAGGUGUAGUUGUUGUGGAGUCCUAUGCUGUGCACAAUGUAUCAUGUUGUUAAUAUUCUGUAGCCUUCGUCUUUUCUCUGGCUGUUGAAUGUAUACUAGAAACUAGUUUACUUGUGAUAACCUAGAAGUACCCUCUGCUACCACUGAGGCACACUUAGCUGCAGUCCAACGUGCUUUUGUGUGUAGCCAGCUGUUCUGGUGACUGUACUUGGGUCUGUUCUCAAAACUGACACCUGUGUUUGGAGCAGUCUGUCUGAGUAUAAAUCAACCUCCGCUGAGACAGCAUGCGAGCAGACGAACAUGACUAGCUUCUCAAUCAGCAAUCCAUUUAAGAAAAUAGAAAUUUGUGUUGGCUUUCUCUUAAUGCACUUCAUUUGUCACUACGUUUGUGGUGUUUUUCCUCAGUGUACUAGUUUACAACUCCUGUACCUUCAGAUGUCUAAAUAUGCAAGUGGAAGGUUGGUUCUUUUGUGUAUGAAAAGAGUUACAGUUAUCAGAGAAUGAAAAGCAGAGCUCAAACCAAAUAGUGCCUAUUAAGCCUAAAUGCAUGAACAGUUCACGGAAAGACUUGCCACAUGUAACUUGAAUUCUUCCGAGAAAAGCACUAACUUCCAUUACUGAGUUUUUGUUGCUCUUUUUUUUUUUUCGCCAUGUAGGUCAGACUUAACUGGUCUGGGCUACUACAGUCAGUGUAUCAGGGAAAACAAAUGCUUGAGAAAAGGAGACAUGAGCAUCUCUUCUGACGAGUACUGGGAAACUUGGGAUUUAAAGGUUUUUUGCAAAUAAUGGCAUGUUUCAACAUCAAAAUGUUUACCUGUGUUCUGAGUAAAAGGGGCAUUUUCUUAGUACUUAAUUUGUAAACAGUUAUAUAGCUGAGAUGAAGUUAAUCACACAUUUAAUAGCGAUUGCUAAAGAGCAUAUAUAUAUAUUCUAACAGUAUAAAAAGUACAGUGAAAGACUGUAUUCAAGUUGAAUGAAUGGCUAUGAUACUGGUAAAACACCAAGCAAACAUAAUUCUUAAGGUAAGUAAUGUAUUGCUAGAGAAUUCUUUUAAAAUUAAUUGUUUAGACUGUAUUUCUGUACAGCACCCAAACCUGACUGGGCUUCUCACCAGCCAGGCAGAUGUUGCCAUUUACAUAAACAAGACCAGGUUUGUAGGAAGCGCACUUGUUACACCUCUGACAGUAGGGGGUCUGAAAACCUGCCUGAGAGCAAUGUUCAAAAGCAUAAAGGAAUAUGCUCUUACUGUCAGUGGCUUCAGGUGCUACAGAAAUGGAACUACAGUGGUAGAUUGCUAGUAGACAAGGGGCCUGUAUGUCUACUACAUAGAAUUUUAAAAAUAAAGGACUUCUAGUUGAACAAAACAAGAGAUUCAUUUAGAACUGUGGUUUAUGUAGUGUUGUCUAUUACGAAAAUCUUUAGUUGCAUGAGGCAGGGAAAGCUUCUUUACUGUAAUCAUCUUGGGGUUAAAUUAACACUUGUCCUUGAUGUUUUUUUAAAAACGAAGCCUGAUCCAUUUUAGGUAGGCAUUUAAAAAUAAAAAUAAUCUUGUCUACUACGUA